UGGUCGCCGAGAGGCGGGGCUACUCGACCGCAGGAGAGGUGGCCGCCGCGGUGAGGAGAGCCAUGGGUCAGGCGGCCAAGGUUUUACAGCUCUUUAAAACAUUACACAGGACCAGACAACAGGUUUUUAAAAAUGAUACCAAAGCAUUAGAAGCAGCCAGAAUAAAGAUAAAUGAAGAAUUCAAAAGUAAUAAAAGUGAAACUUCUCCCAAGAAAAUAGAAGAGCUAAUAAAAAUAGGUUCCGAUGUUGAAUUGUUACUCAGAACAUCUGUUAUACAAGGUAUUCACACAGACCACAAUACACUAAAACUGGUCCCUAGGAAAGAACUCCUUGUAGAAAAUGUGCCAUAUUGUGAUGCACCAACUCAGAAGCAAUGAGUAUAAAAUCAAGUCUUUGUAGUUUUUAAUCUUAAAUAUAUGACACUGGCAAAAGUUUUAGAAAUGCACAUAUUUCAGAACUAGCUUCUUGAAAAUGAAUGAAUUAAAGUCUCAUAAUUAAAUUUCACAUUAAGAGAACAUUGUUGAAAACUGCAGAACAUAGUUAAAUAUUUCUAAACAGCAUUAGAUAAGACAUGUCAUUUGUUUUGAAAAUCAAACUUUAUGAACUAAAAUAAAUGCUCAGGAGGUAUGUCAUAUUCAUUUCCCUUUGACCUUGAAGAGUAUUUUGUUCUUAACUAAGAAUGCAGUGUUUUGACAAACUGGUAGAUUUUCCUCCCUUGUGAAAUGAAACAGAUUGAAAUUAUUAGAUUAAAUUUGUUUAGUCCCACAAACAUUAAAUUGGUCAAAAAAAAAUCAUAGUGUGUGCCAACUCUCAACAGAAAGUGGCCUUUGUUUCCUAAAGCACUGAAAUUAUUUCUAUAGCUAAGAAAUAAUUAUUUGGUUUCCUCUCAGAAAUAGAAUAUAUCUCUCUGUUCCUGUAAAGACAUUUUUCUAAUAAGUCUUUCAAGGAUAGAUGAAUAAAAUAUCAAAAUCACCUAGGAUCACUGUAGAAUAAAGAAAUCCUUUAUUUUUUUUUUAGGAAAUAAUGACCUUAAUCAAACUAUAUAAUACAGCCUUAGGAGAAAUAGUGUACUUAGACCACAGCUAGACUUUAUUGUGAAAAUGUAUUAUGUGGCUACAUUCUUCCCAUUUUAAUCAAUAAAACUUAAAUGGCUCUUCUUCCACAUGUCCCAUCCAUCCCUGAUGUGAUUGGCAGUAUCACAAAACAGCUUGCCAUCCUACCAUCUAAAUGGUGGGAACUAUAAAAUUGUACUUAAUAUUCUUCUUGUUUCUCUUUUAUCUGUGUAUUUUUACCAUUCUCUUUUCUUAGUGAACAUUGUGUUCUCUGGGAGUGUGUUUCUUCUCCCAUUCAAUGAUGAUACAGGGUUUUUAAUUUUUGUAGGAUUCUUAAUGCAUGCUUUGUUUGUUGGCAAAACAUAGGUAUAUCCAUACUGGAUAUAAAAUGUCAUAUUUUAAAAUAAUUUAAUUUAAAAAUAAUAAAAUGAUUUUAGGAGAUCAAAGACUUUUCUAAAUUCUUCAUAUUAUAUUUGACAUGAAGUCAUUGACUAUGUUUAAUGCCUUCUUAUACUUGUAAGAAGAGUAUUUAGAUCAGAGAGGAUGACAGAACAUGAGAGACUCCUAACUCUGGGAAACGAACAAAGG